CCUCCCUCUCUCACUACUUUUUAUUCCACAGGGAUUGAAGGCAUUGCUCUCUCAGAAUACUCCUCUUUCCUCGUUUCUUCUUAUAAAAAUUUGACAAGUGAAGGUUUAAAAGUGUGCUGAUUAAAUAGAAGGUUGAAAGUGCAGAAUUAAGUUGUGAUUCAUCAUGAGCAUAAGCUGAAGUUUUUGAUCUCAAAGAUCUUUUCCUUGAAGAGCCCAGUUCUUUAGCAAGGAAAGAAUUUCUUCCUCAAUCAACAGGAUUCCUUAUUGAAUUGUAGAUAUGCCAAGGUUCAAGCGUUUGCAGAAGAAGCAAAAUUCAGUUCAGUCAGUAUCUCAACCAGUUGCUGAAUCAGGACCUUCUUUUCUUCAAUCAACGUCAUGCUUGCCAACGCAUCGGACCAUGUCAGUUCGGGCAACAACACAUCUGGCCCCAUCAUUUCAGCCUACAUCGCAGGCGACUCCAACACCUCAGUCGGUAUCACAACCGUCUCGAUCAGUUCACUCAAUAUCCCAUCCCGCUCCGAUGGAUCAGGCAGCACCACAGCCGGCUUCAGCAGUUCACCCAGCAUCACAGCCAUCUCAAUCAGUUCACUCGACAUCAAAUUUGGCUUCGACAGAUCAGGACUCACCACAACCAGCUCUGUCAGUUCACUCGACAUCACAUUUGGCUUCGACAGAUCAGGACUCACCACAGCCAGCUCCAACAGUUCAGGCCGCAUCCAAAAAACGUUCUAGGUCGCAUUGGAUUGUAGACGCAAUAGAUUCAGAAGAAAAUAUCAGGAAACUUAGAGUGAAAGUUAAUGAAGUGAUCAAUUUAACGUGUGAAGAACGUAUUGUGGUUGAUUUUGAUUACUUGGAUGAACCAUUUGGAGAUGGGCGCGGCCUUCUUUCACGCUUUUGUGGAAUUUUGGCGUGUGACUGCUCUUUAUUUCCAAUCAACUUUGAGAAAUGGUUAAGUUUACCUAUUUCAUACUUCAACCGCGUCUUCGAUCAAAUUAUAAAGCCCAAGUUCUUCUUUAGGACAACCGAGUCAGUUGCAAUGGGACAUAUCUAUAAAUCUAUUGGAAAGAAGUGGGCUGCAAAUAAAAAUAACUUGUGGAGGACACAUGAAGACCUGCUUAAAAGUAAAACUGAGAUGAUUGAAAGUGUGCCGGAUGGGAUUCCACGUGAUCAAUAGAUUUCUUUUGUUGAUUACCAAUAUAAAGAUUCAACAAAGGCAAUGCGUUUAAGAAAUGCUGAAAAUCGAAAGAAACAGACUAUACCACACACAGGCGGCUCCAAAGCGAAUGCUACGAGAAGGGCUGAAAUGGUGAGUAAAUUAACUUACUAUGUAAUUAUUUUUAUGUAGUAAAUAAUUCUUAUUUGAUUUUUAUCUACAGAUGGCUCAGACUGGAGAAAGGCCUGGACGAGCACAAAUAUACCUUGCUACUCAUAAAAAUCAAGAUGGAGUAUAUGUUAAUGAAGCAGCAAAAGAAAUAUGCGAAAAAAUUGAGUUAGCUUUAAGCCAAAGCACCAUAGACGAGUCUCAAAUUUCGCGAAAUGAUGCCGUCGGCAAGGUGCUAGGAGAAGAGCACUCUGGGAGGGUGAGGUGCUUGGGAUUAGGACCUGUCCCCAGUAAAGUUUUUAAACACGCAAGACCUCGUUUCAGUGGUAUAAGUGCUUCAAUCAGUGAAGGUUCAUGUUCGUCCCAAUGUCAACAGAACCAUAAGCAAACGAUGAAUGCUCAGGAAAAAAUGAUGAAUGCUUUCAAGGCAUAUAUGAUAAUGAAAGAAGGGACGAUACCAGAACAAUUUGCGGGGUUUUUUGCUUCUUCUUCGGCGGUUUCUCCUACAACACCAAGUGAUGCGGCUAGUGGAUCCCUUUCGCCCAUGGAUGCAAGAAGAUCAUUCGGUGAUAGUAAUCCUAGUGACAACCGUUGAUUUCAUUGUAUUGUUUGGUAGGAACGGAUGUUAGAACGCUGGAGUGAAUGUAUUGUGUUUAAAUUUAGUUUUUGAGUGAUCUGA